GACGUAUUUAUGUAACCCUCGAAAUGCAAAGCGAUCGAUGUGUAUUUUGGCGGUCCGUUCAAGUCCACCGAACUUUCAGUUCUGAUGACAGCUGUGAAUUAACAGCCCCGCCAAGAAGCGGACACAUAUCUUAGCACCACCGACAGAUUUUCAUCGUUAAUAAUGGAGUACGGGAAGGAGAGGGUGGUGGCGUUGGUAGACAUGGACUGCUUUUACGUGCAGGUGGAGCAGAGGCUGAAUCCAGCUCUGAGGAAUACUCCCUGUGUGGUGGCCCAGUACAAGACGUGGAAAGGAGGCAGUAUUAUAGCUGUGAGCUACGAGGCCAGGGCUCAUGGUGUCACCAGGAACAUGUGGGUGGAUGAUGCAAAAAAACUGUGCCCAGACCUCCAGGUGGCACGAGUGCGUGAGUCUCAUGGCAAGGCUGACUUGACAAAUUACAGAGAGGCGAGUGUGGAGGUGAUUGAGGUCAUGUCUCGCUUUGCUGUGAUUGAGAGAGCUAGCAUUGAUGAGGCCUACAUGGAUUUGACUGCUGCUGUCCAGCAGCGACUGAAAAAUAUGACUGACAAACAAAUCGAAACUUCACUCUUGAGAACUACCUACAUCCAGGGGUACCCACAAAGUUCACCUGCAGCUGAAGACUCUGCAGAGGACACUGUGUUGGAUAAAGAGGAACAGCGAUCCAGAGGUCUCCAGCAGUGGCUGGAAUCUUUAACGUUCCCGUCAGUGGGUGAGCAGAACUCUGCAGAACUGCAGCUAACUGUUGGAGCACUGAUUGUUGAGGAAAUGAGAGCAGCUGUGGAGAAACACACAGGUUUCAGUUGUUCUGCAGGAAUAUCACACAAUAAGGUAUUGGCUAAACUAGCCUGUGGUCUGAACAAGCCCAACAGACAAACUGUUCUUCCUCUGGACUCUGUGACAGAACUUUUCAGCAGUCUCCCCAUUGGCAAGAUCCGUAACCUGGGGGGUAAGCUGGGAACUUCAAUCACAGAAACUCUGGGAAUAGAGAACAUGGGCGAUCUCACUCGCUUCUCUAAGGCUCAGUUGGAGCAGCACUUUGGAGAAAAAACAGGUCAGUGGCUGUACGACUUGUGCCGGGGGAUUGAUUUUGAAGCUGUGAAACCAAGACAGCUUCCAAAGUCCAUUGGCUGCAGUAAAAACUUUCCUGGGAAGACAUCGCUGGCUACUAAAGAGCAGGUACAGUACUGGCUUCAUCAACUGGCUCUUGAGUUAGAGGAGAGGCUGACCAAGGACAGAGAAGUGAACGGUCGUGUGGCUAAAAUGCUGACAGUUGGUGUACGUCAGCUUGGCGACAAGAGGAUGAGCAGCUUCUCUAGAUGUUGUGCUUUAGUGCGCUACGAGGCGACCAAAAUAUCCAGCGACACCUUUGCCAUUAUCAAGAGUCUGAACACAGCAGGAAACCAUCAGGCUGCAUGGACUCCACCCCUCAGCAUGUUAUACCUCUCAGCUAGUAAAUUCAGCGAUGUUUCAUCAGCGGGGGGGAUCGCUGGCUUUCUUUCCAGUGAUAGCACUUCAACGCAGCCACCCCGUGAACCAAAAAAUGUCUCCCCGUGUAAACAAACCGGCUCCAUCCAGUCCUUUUUUCAAAAGGCAGUUGAGAAACAAAAACAGAAGGUUAGAAAGGAGGAUGAUGAUGAUGAUGAUGAAGAGGAUUCUGGUACACACAGCAAUGAAGGUCUCCCAGCUUCCUCGCUUCACAAUACUUCUGUUUCUGUUAGUCAGUUGAAGUCAGACGCUGUCUGUCCUGCUUCCUCUUUUACACCUGUUUCUCAGUCCAAAAUUGGUUCAUCCAGCCCCCACCCAGGCAUUUCCUCUUUCUUUCACAAGAAGACCAUUGAAAAAAGCCUCCAGGUUUCAGGGUCAGCACUGAACAAGCCUGAAAACGGACAAAUGCCAGGUCCCGUUGAUGAGGAAGACACCAAAGACAUUGUUGUUGUGGCAUCAGGCUUGGAGUCAAAACUUAGCUCAGAGAAUGCAUCUCAUGAGUCGGCAAGUGAGGAGUUAAGGAAUGAACUGGACAUUAAUGUGGAGUCAAAUCACCCUCCUCACACUGUGGCCAGUGAAGAUCUGAUGAGCUGUGAACGCUGUGGUCAGGAGGUGUUAGCGUGGGAAAUGCCAGAACACAAUGACUAUCAUUUUGCUCUGGACCUCCAGCAGUCCUUCUCUUCAGGCACAUCAACCAUCACUUCCUCUUCUUCUUCCGGUACCGCUAUGAAUCCUCUCAGAGCAGCAGCAGACACAGCCCACUCCUCUCGGGGCAAGACUAAAACAAGAGGCCAGUCGGGACCAGCACCAAAAAGACCCCGCUCCCAAAGUGCAAGCACGGGCACUCUGGAUUCAUUCUUCAAGAAAAACUGAAGAUCUAAUGCAGAACCGCAGUUUUAAAUUAAACUCAAACGUAUUUCUGAUUAUGUACGUUUUAAAAAAUGUUUGUUUACAAAGCCAUAUCCUAAACAGUACAUUAAGACUUUUCUGCUUUCAAUGUUGAAGUUGGGUGAUGAUAACAAUGUGUAUAAAAAAAAAUCAAAAAAUCUUAUUUAUUUGAUUUAUUUAAUUUACUUUUUAAUGAUAAAUAAAAAGACAAUAUUAUUAAGAGACAUUUUUUUUAAAGCAGAGUGUAUUAAAGAUUCGUUUUACUCAUCCUAGUAA